AAUAAUAUUCUAAAUAUAAGCAUGUUCUUAGUUAAAUGGUUCAAAGGCAUCCUCGGCUCUCUCGGGUUGUACCAGAAGAGCGGAGAUUUAGUCUUUCUUGGCCUUGAUAAUGCAGGAAAGACGACUCUUCUUCAUGUCUUGAAGGAAGAUACUUACACACAGACUGAUUCUACCAUCCAGCCUCAUUCUGAAGAACUUACUAUCGGAAAUGUCAGAUUUAAUACAUUCGAUCUAGGUGGCCACGAAGUGGCCAGGAAGAUCUGGAAGAAUUAUGUCGGUGCUGUCAAUGGUAUUAUCUUUAUGAUUGAUACCACGGAUCAAGAAAGAAUGGAUUUAGCCAAGCUUGAGCUGAACAAACUACUGGAAAUUCCAGAACUAAAUGAAACACCAAUCUGAGUUCUAGGAAACAAGGUUGACAAGAAGGGAUCUCUUACUGAAGAAGAGCUGAGAGAAGAGCUUGGUCUCCUCCCCCAUCAAACUUACGGUAAAGAUGGUGGUAUGAACGAAGAGGCAAGGAGAAUCGAGGUUUUCAUGUGUAGUGUUCUUAAAAGAGCUGGAUAUCAGGAAGGCUUCCAAUGGAUUUCUGAAUUUUUGGAUUAAAUCAAUACAGAAAGGCUUCACUCUGUUACUUGUGAUUAAUGUAGAAAACUGAUAAAUAUAUUACAGAAUGAAAUAUAUCCCUUGUCUUUAAAGUAUAGAAUUCUCUAAUCCCAGGCUAGAAUUUG